GUUAGGUUGUUGUCGCGGUAAGGCCAGCAGCGUAGUUUAAUAGGGCCGACACAAAUGGCUUCGGUAUUGCCUUCCUUACUCAAUACACACAAUGGCCAGGGAAUGCAGGAAAACAUAUGAAGUUGAGGCUCUGUGUAAAGCAGCCGAGACUAUUGCUUCUAGCGGACUGAAACUUACUGCCAAGCUAUUGUAUGACGAAGUGUGCUCCGACACGCGCUUGAAGGGCUUCACGUAUAAACAAGCAUUACAAACUAUCGUGGCUACUGGGAAGGAAGCGUCGCCAAAGACAUUGCUGCAGGAAAUGGGGCGGCCCAGUAUCACUGUAGGCAUGGUGCGGAAUCGACUGCGGUUGGAACAAAGUCAAAAAGGUACGGUCGCUCAUAGUGAACUGUUUGAAGGUAGCCACUGUUUCGCUGACGACAUUGGUGACAAUGUUCCAAGCACUGCUCAAAAGGAGAGCGGUAUGGGUACGUUGUUUAUUAUGAGUGCAUUUCAGAAAAGGUGCUGGAGGAAUGCUGCACCGAAGAGAGCGUACCACUGAAUACUAGCCCAACAUGCUCUGAAUGCCACCCACAAACCCCUGCCCACAUAGAAGAAGACAACUUUGGCGACGAGGCUCUGCCAGCAUAUGACAAACGCAGUGGAGUGCAAAGGUGCACCUACACUACAGUUGAAGCAGCAGAGGAAGCCUGCAGAUCUCCAUCCCCUCCCCUCCCCUGCCAAAGCUUGGCUCCCAAACUCAGCCUCUAUGGAUGUUAUAGCCUCCACGGUUCAAUACACUUUUCCUAUGCAAGCCAUGCCACCGCCCUGUCCUCCCCACCCCUACUUUCCUGUUGCCUUACCUUUCCUCGCUUUCCUUUCACCACCAACCCUGUUCUUGCUUUCCUAUCCCUUUCCCUGCCCACGCCAUCCUUUAGCUUCCAUGCCUUUAUUGUUCUCUCCCCGUGACUCCCCUUGCCAACCCAUUCCCACCCCAUCCCUGUGCUCGAAUGAGGGUGACAGCGAGGGCAACUGAUACCUAGGACCGUGCGUCAGUUACUGUGCACGCCUAUGAUACCCUCGAGUUGCCAACGCAAUUGCGACCCUGCUUAGCAAGACGGCUUGCCCCUGAGGGCCGCAGACACCGGGCUUGCUGGUGCAAUAUGCCAAUUCGCACUAUCCAGGCAUGCCCCUCGACGCUGUAAACGCCUCCCUCAUAUGACCCUACGCAGCCAUCUGACCCUCCCAAACGGGACACCCAUGCGCCACUCUCCUAAGCAGCCUCGUCAGCCCCCCAGCCCGCCACCUUACCCACCCAAGCAUGACUCCCACACACCGCCAUCAUAAACAGCCGCGAAAACGCACCCAACCACCCCACCACACCGUCACCCCCCCAUGCUACACACCCAUUUGGGCAGGCCAUGAGAUCGCUUCGGUCUGGUGCUUGGUGUCUGCAAACGGCAUCGGCCCUACCUGCAUACGCAUCGUGUCUAGACAUACAUACAGUGCCUGUAUAUGUUGGUUGGCUGCCAUGUUUCUUGAUUGUUUGUUUUCCCUCGCGCAGGGUGGCGUUGGAUCACAACAACAUUGAACCCCUCACUGGAACUUUAGCCGAAAUUGUGACGACUGCUUCGGGGUCGCUCUUUGACGGUUUCCAACUCGCUGAUGGAAGCAGUGCGGGCAGCUUGCUCUAUUCAGGCUAUGAAAACACGAGCACCUGGUUGUACUUCCCGGGACAAGUGCUGUACAUAUAUCCUAGGGGUGUUGCGGGCCAGGUGACAGGCGGACCCUGCCUCGCUUAUCCCAACACUCCUUCGCCGCCGCCUUCUUCGUCGCCCUCACCGCCGCCAGCAACCUCCUCACCCUCCCCGCCAAGCCCCCCUCCGUCGCCUUCUCCACCGAGCCCCCCUCCGUCGCCUUCUCCACCGAGCCCCCCUCCGUCGCCUUCUCCACCGAGCCCCCCUCCGUCGCCUUCUCCACCGAGCCCCCCUCCGUCGCCUUCUCCACCGAGCCCCCCUCCGUCGCCUUCUCCACCGAGCCCCCCUCCGUCGCCCUCUCCACCGAGCCCCCCUCCGUCGCCCUCUCCACCGAGCCCCCCUCCGUCGCCCUCUCCACCGAGCCCCCCUCCGUCGCCCUCUCCACCGAGCCCCCCUCCGUCGCCCUCUCCACCGAGCCCCCCUCCGUCGCCCUCUCCACCGAGCCCCCCUCCGUCGCCCUCUCCACCGAGCCCCCCUCCGUCGCCCUCUCCACCGAGCCCCCCUCCGUCGCCUUCUCCACCGAGCCCCCCUCCGUCGCCUUCUCCACCGAGCCCCCCUCCGUCGCCUUCUCCACCGAGCCCCCCUCCGUCGCCCUCUCCACCGAGCCCCCCUCCGUCGCCUUCUCCACCGAGCCCCCCUCCGUCGCCCUCUCCACCGAGCCCCCCUCCGUCGCCCUCUCCACCGAGCCCCCCUCCGUCGCCCUCUCCACCGAGCCCCCCUCCGUCGCCCUCUCCACCGAGCCCCCCUCCGUCGCCUUCUCCACCGAGCCCCCCUCCGUCGCCCUCUCCACCGAGCCCCCCUCCGUCGCCCUCUCCACCGAGCCCCCCUCCGUCGCCCUCUCCACCGAGCCCCCCUCCGUCGCCCUCUCCACCGAGCCCCCCUCCGUCGCCCUCUCCACCGAGCCCCCCUCCGUCGCCCUCUCCACCGAGCCCCCCUCCGUCGCCUUCUCCACCGAGCCCCCCUCCGUCGCCCUCUCCACCGAGCCCCCCUCCGUCGCCCUCUCCACCGAGCCCCCCUCCGUCGCCCUCUCCACCGAGCCCCCCUCCGUCGCCCUCUCCACCGAGCCCCCCUCCGUCGCCUUCUCCACCGAGCCCCCCUCCGUCGCCCCCAUCCCCAGCUCCACCCAGUCACCCGUCACCACCCAGCUCCCCGUCUCCUCCUUCAUCUCCGCUUCCUCCGUCGCCUCAACCCAGCCCCACAUCCUCGCCACCCCUACGCAGGCGGCGUAGCCCCCCGCCUUCACCCCCCAGUUUGCCUCCACCUAGCCCAACCCCACCCAGCCCUCAGCAGCCACCCAGCAGCCCCAACCCUCCAUCGCCUUCGCCGCCUCCAAAAUCCCCAUCGCUCAGUCCUGCAACACGCCUGCCACCGUCCUUCUCGCCCCAGCCGCCGCCAGCAAAGCGUCUUCGUCCCCCGCCGCCUCCACUCCAACCCGGCCUGUCACCACCACCUCCAGCCACCACCUACUGGGCCACAUCUGCCAUCGGCCCCUUCGACCCCUCCGGCACCAGCACUGCCCUUGGCGCCGUGAGCCGCCUGGUGGGGCCCCCUAGCGCCAAGGUGAUGUCCAUCAAGGGCUGCAAGACCUCGCCCACACUGGGCUGGGUGGCAACCAUCAAGAACCCUCGCUACGUGGAGGCCUACUUCAACCAGACCCCAGCUGUUCCCCUCAGCCAACUGGCUAGCGUCAAGGUCUACGUGGCCAGCGCCGGCACCGUCACCCCAGCCAUCGCCUCCCUUGAACUGCUGCUGCAGACGCCGGGAGAGGUUGACCUCCAGGCGGUGACCAUGUACACGGGGGAUGCACAGCAACGUCUGAAGUGCGCAGCCCUCAACUACUUUGCCGUGUCGCUCGACGCACUGCAGCCCUCUGUGGCGGCAGAGGCAGCCAGUACGGCUGUCGUACGUGCCGUACGCAUCAGGGCUAGCAGUGACCCGACCGUGAGGGACAAGGCAGACCUGCCGGUCCUGGCCGCUGUGGGGCUGGACUGCAACCAGUAGGCGAGACAAACAGGAAAAAAUUUAAAAAGGUUUUUUUUCAAAAAUCGUUAUUAUAGCACUUAUCAAGGACCUAAUCAUUAAUCAGUGAAGCAAGGGCCUGCUGGUUCUCCUUGCAAACAAGCAUCCCUUCCUCAGUAUCAGAAGCGCUGCUGAGACAAAAGCAGCAGCGGCCCAUUCGAUUGAAAUAUACUUCAGUGAUACUUUAGCAGGUGUCCAGUAGGCGUGUUCCUGCCUGCUGUUGCUCGAUGACGGUGUAGGGUUUUGUGGACUCACGUUGACCACAGUGUGUUCGUUCCGAAAAUUAUGCGGAAUGUUGCCUUGUCGCAAUAAACCACGCGUACGUAAACGGUUUUUCGAGCCGUGCAUGCGUUUGAUGACAGGGUGACCCAUGGGACCUCCAUAAGGCGUACGUUGGCUGCUGGGCUAGCCACCUGCUGUCAACAGUGUGUUGUCUGUUAGCCUGUCUCUUUGCUUGUGCCUGCCACUUGGAAUCGGUUGACGUGUUUGCCCCGCGUGUACGGUAGGCGUUCUUGAACCCAGCAGCAGCAGGGCCGUCGUGUGUAGGCAGCUGCUGUGGUGGGUAAACGACGACGUUUGUGGCGAUGGUCGAUGUUCAUUCGUGAUGGAGAUCAUUUGUCGCUUAUUUGUCGCUCUCCAUUGGGGACAUCGAUCCCCUAAAGUGGGCAUCACGCUUGCUUGCGGUCAAGUUUGUGUGCCUCUGGGGUUCAAUCGUAUUGCUGUCUCUGGAUUCUGUUUUGGGUUCAGUAGCGUGAUGCCGGGUGAUGUUGCUUUCUUUUUUGCGAAUGGAAAUUUGAAAUUGGGUUGCUUGUGUUUGUGAACAGACCCUGCGGUGUGUGGUUGAAUGUCGAGGUUGAGGAAGGGCCGUUUUAUGGCUGCUAGCCUUUUCCCGCGUCUUUUGUGGUUGUCUUUGACUGGGCUUUGUGACUUUUAUUGGCUUUCCUUGGAUUUCUCCUGUGUUUUGCUCGCCCCCUUUUUGGGCGUGUUAUAUGGGUUCCCCAUUUCCCCUGCAGUGCGUGCAGGAUUGGGUUUUACCACACGUGCGUGUUCUCUUAGAAAUCACCGUAACUGUCAAUAGUUACGGCGAGUAAUAAUUAGUCUGUACUGUGCUAACUAACUGCGCGCCCCUGGCCGGUUAUGUCGUACGCCUGUCAGGGAAUUUACCAUAGAUUACUAAACAGCCUUUAGUGCUUUGCUUCUGACUGGUAAAUCUUGCCCUAACAGUAGUUUGCUCGGUUUGCGGUUCGGCAUCUGGAUGCGCUGGUCACUUGCCGAAAUGCUUUGCUGUUAUUAUACUGCAAUCGGUUGGACGAAAUUAUACCUUUUAUGAGUUACCUUUUAUAGUCGUGGAAAGGAUUUACGCAAGUGUCUGCUGGCCUCCGGAACCGUGUACGGGAAACUAUGUGGAGAUGUUUGAAGGGGCUUCUAGAACGUUCUAGAAGGGGCAUCUGUUCACUUGUUGUCGACACAGCAGCCAUUCAUUUUCGCACGAUCCCUAGUAACUCCAUAAUAAUUAACAUGUAAUAAAUUCCUCC